UAUUCUUAAUUUAAACACCUAUAAAUUAAGAAAGUUCCAUUUAGACCGCCUUUGAAUUUUUUACCGAUAUAAACAUACAUUUUAAUACCUAUAGGUAAUUAAAGUGAAAGUCAACAUUGUUUCGAUUACUCAUUUACCUAAUAAUUGUGCGCAUAAUAAACAAUAGAAUGCAGGGCAGGGGAUAAUUAUAUUCAUAUUCACAACUCAGGCUAAAUUCAACACUUUUUUUUUGCACUCGCGAUAAGUUUGUGUAUAAUUCUGGUGAGUAGAUACAAAGAAGUUAAUUAUCGCGUCAUUCUUAUAUCUCAGUAACUCUGGAGUGCACGCGUUUGGAUUUUACAUUAACCGGCAAAUAAAAUUUAGAUAAAGAUGGCACAUUCGAGUCCUACGCUUACAACAGUGGAUAAAGCAGACAUUGAGAGGCACAGCAAAGUGAGUGACUGGUGGAACAAGAAGGGCUCUUUACGAGGUCUACAUACCUUUAACAAGUUAAGGAUUCCCUAUAUAGUAAACAACCUUAUACUAACAGACGAAAAAAGAAACUCUUCAAAACCAUUGAAAAACAAGAAAAUUUUGGAUGUUGGCUGCGGAGGUGGUAUCGUUUCGGAGGCUUUAGCAAAAUUGGGAGCAGAAGUAACUGCAGUGGACGCAAGCAGUGUACUUAUAGAGAUGGCCAAAAAACACACCGCCUCUAAUUCGGAACUUGAUGAUAAUAAACCAACAUAUCUUUGCACAAGUAUCGAGGAGCAUGCACAAACAUUCGUCAACUAUUACGAUGCAGUCAUUGCUUCUGAAAUUGUAGACCACGUGGCCAAUGUGGAGCUAUUCCUAGACUCAUGUGUACAAACCCUUAAACCAGGCGGAAAAAUAUUCAUAACCACGCCGAACAGAACACGCAUAUCACAAUUUUGUGUUAUAUUUAUGGCGGAAAACGUUUUGAACUUGGUACCCAAAGGACUCCAUCAAUAUUACAAAUUCAGAACCCCUGACGAAGUUGGUGCUAUACUGCAGAAGUAUAACUGUCAAGUAAAUGAAGUGUAUGGACUAUUCUUCAACCCGCUAACUGGAAAUUGGCUAUGGUCAUAUUUUCAACAUAUGUGGUAUGCUCUUGUAGCAACUAAGUUGAGUAUAUAAGAUUGUUUUAAAUGAGAACGUUUUAAUGUAAAUACCUUUUAUCUAAAGAGAAAAAUCAUAAUGUAACGUUUGGUAUAAUACUAUAAGAAUAGGAGUUACCUACGUUAUUAUUGCUAUUUAUCUUUACGUGUUAAAAAUGAACAUUUUAAAUCGUUGCCAUUGUUCUCGUUUUUGUCGUAAAUUAGCGACUUUUUAUUUUUUUAAGCAUAGAUUUAUAGAUACCUAUCUACUGACCGUUGUAUAUUUUAUUAUUAAUGGGUAGUUAUGGUGAAAUUUGUAAAAUAUAUUAUUUACCCAAUUGUGUGUGUAAAAAUACAUUGUUAUGGACCGAUA